CUGUGCACGAUACUUCUUUCAGCGUCUGCGAAUAUACUCCGUGAUCAUCUAUCUGGCCGCUUGUCAACUUCGAGCCAACCGCAAUACCGCAAUAAGCAACUUAUCCCAGGAUCCAGUCUGCAGCACUUAAGCCUUCCAAUGAAAUGAGCGACGUGAAAGCGUCACUCCACGUCGUCUGCCUUCGCUAUGCAAGCGCCACAAUGCAGCCUCGUGGGCAGCGCCCAUGAUCACGACUGCGUAUCCUUCUCACGAUCCGUCCUUUGACGUCUGCUUCCCAUCCUGUCGACCUUUAAAUCGCAAUACUUGCGCCGAUAUGCCGAACGAGUCACACGAGUCGCGCUUGCCAUGAAAUUGCUUGCGAACCCCUUCCCAUGGCUUUCAUACGCCUAUUACAUCGCAAAUCCGACGGCGAGAUCGUCUUUCGCAAACCUCCCAGCGGCAAUGUCCCUGCUUACGCAAUACUCUCUCAUACCUGGGGAGACGAAGAGGUUAUAUUUCAGGAUAUGGAAGCCGGUGCGGACAUGAGCCAGACCGUAAGCAAGGCUGGGUGGAGGAAGAUACAGUUCUGCGCGAAGCAGGCUACAGCCGAUGGACUACAAUACUUCUGGGUUAAUACCUGUUAUAUCGAUAAAAAGAAUACGGUCGAGCUUGGCGCGGCGAUUAAUUCCAUGUUUCGGUGGUAUCAGAAUGCUGUGCACUGCUACGUUUACCUUUCGGAUAUCUGCAAACCUAAUACCGGAACGGAUCAGAGGGUAUGGGAAGAGGCUUUCAGAAAGAGUCGAUGGUUUACCCGAGGCUGGACACUUCAAGAACUUAUCGUACCAAGGCUAGUUGACUUUUUCAGCUUAGAGGGGUGAGCGACUUGGGAGCAAAUUGUUACUUGAAUCUAAGAUAUACGAGAUUACCGGUAUUGAGAAGAAUGCUCUCCGAGGCAAUAUACUAUCGAAUUUCAGUAUUAAAGAACGGAGGUCUUGGGCAGAGCGCCAUAAUACUAUAAUUGAAGAGGAUAAAGCAUAUUACUUAAUCGGGGUCUUCGAUAUUUCUAUAGUACCGAACUAUAGGGAGAGAAGGGACCAGGUAUUCAGGCGGCUGGACGAAGAGAUCUAUAAAUUAUAUAAGGGUAUUAAUUUCGAACAGUUUACUAUAGGACUCAAUCUCGCAUUAUUUCCUAAAGCUAUAUAAUUUAUUACAAGAGAGAAGAAGUUAUUAAAAAUAUAUAAACUGCUUUAUAGUUAUAAUAGUCGAU